AGUGCCCGCGGGGCGGGGCGGGGCGGGGCGCUGCCGGCAGAAACAUGACAGGAGGCGGGAAGCGGAGAGCCCGCGCCGGGGAGCAGUGUGAAAACACUAAAGAAGUCAAGAAGAGACGGUCCAACCAGGCAGAUGUUCCUGAUCAGCUGCGUCAAGAAGUGGAAAGUUGCUAUCGGCUCAGGAUGCCUGAAGACUUUUAUCAGUUCUGGAAGUUCUGUGAGGAGCUAAAGCCUGACGGGCCAAGUGAAGCACUCCUAUCAAGUAUUGGACUUCAGCUAGUUGGACCAUAUGAUAUUCUUGCUGGAAAACAUAAAAAAACAAAAUCAGCAAAUCUGAACUUCAACCUUCACUGGAGGUUUUUUUAUGACCCUCCUGAAUUUCAGACUAUAAUUGCUGGGGAUAGCAAAACUCAGUAUCACAUGGGAUAUUUCAGGGAUGUGCCAGAUGAACUUCCAGCAUGGGUUGGUGCAAACAAAGCAAAGAAAAACUGUGUAAUUUCUCAAAUUGGUGACAAUGUAUUUGCUGCAGUCAAAUUGUUUUUGUCAAAAAAGCUUAAGGAAGUGACAGAUAAAAAGAAAAAUGGUAUUUUGAAAGACAUAAAUGAAAACCUUACAAGAACAGCAAAAGAAUUGGGUUAUUCGCUGGAACAGAAAACCAUGAAGAUGAAACAAAGAGAUAAGAAAGUAGUGACUAAGACAUUAUGGAGCGGUCUGGUUGUGCCUGUAGAUAAAAAUGAUGUUGGGUACAGAGAACUCCCUGAAACAAAUGCUAAUCUUAAAAGAAUUUGUAAGGCCAUUGUGGAUGCUCCUAGCGAUGAUGAGAGACUGAAAGCCUUUGCACCCAUUCAGGAAAUGAUCACUUUUGUUCAGUUUGCUAAUGAUGAAUGUGAUUAUGGAAUGGGGUAUGAACUGGGAAUGGACCUCUUUUGCUACGGCUCGCAUUAUUUUCACAAGGUGGUUGGUCAGCUGUUACCACUUGCAUACAACCUUUUGAGAAGGAACCUCUUUGCUGAGAUUGUUGAAUCACAUUUAGCUAACAGAAGUGAAGAGAAUGUGGACCAACUAGCAGCAUGAUCCAAAGAGAAGAGGGCUUAAGUAUAAAAGUUUCAAAUAUUAGUGAUUUUGUUUUUGGCAUAAGGGUUUUUCAAUAGUAAUAUAAAGUAAUGUUUGUGUAUGGUAAAUAAAAAUUUUUUAAACAAACAAGGCUAG